AUGGGGAAAGAUUAUUACAAAAUACUAGGCAUUUCGAAAGGAGCGUCCGACGAGGAUAUUAAAAAAGCAUACAGAAAACAAGCCCUGAAAUGGCACCCGGACAAAAACAAGGCAGCUAAUGCAGAGGAAAAAUUUAAGGAGAUCGCCGAAGCUUACGAAGUUCUCAGUGAUCCUAAAAAACGAGAGAUAUAUGACCAAUAUGGAGAAGAAGGGCUUAAAGGUGGUGGAGGAGCCACAGAUGGACAAGGAAGCAACUUCACAUACACCUUCCAUGGAGACCCUCACGCAACGUUUGCUACAUUUUUUGGUGGUGCUAACCCGUUCGAAAUAUUCUUCGGUCGGAAAGUCAACGGACGGGAUGACGAUGACAUGGAAGUGGACGGUAAUGACCCCUUCGGUUCUUUCACAAGUUUCAAUAUAAAUGGAUUCCCUCGUGAUCGACACGUUGGCCUAGGUGGUCAGCAAAGGCGGAAACAAGACCCGGCAAUUCAUCAUGAGCUACGAGUGUCUCUAGAAGAAGUCUUCCAUGGAUGUACCAAGCGCAUGAAAAUCUCCCGCAAACGUCUGAAUCCCGACGGACGCACCAUGCGAACCGAGGACAAAAUCCUAACAAUCGAGAUUAAGCGCGGGUGGAAAGAGGGCACAAAGAUCACGUUUCCUCGCGAGGGGGACGAAUCCCCGAACACUAUUCCAGCAGACAUAGUUUUUGUCAUCAAAGAUAAGCCUCAUGCCCACUUUAGGCGGGAGGGCUCUGAUAUUGUAUACCCUGUGCGCGUCAGUCUACGACAGUCAUUGUGUGGUUGCUCAGUCACCGUGUCAACAAUAGAUGGUAAAACAUGCAAUAUGAAGAUCACUGAUGUCAUCAAACCAGGCAUGAGAAAAAGAAUAGCCGGGCAAGGACUACCCUUCCCCAAAAACCCAGAACAGAGGGGGGAUCUGAUCGUGGAGUUUGAUGUGAACUUUCCAGACAGUCUACCAUCCAAUGCCAAGGAUGUUCUGAAGCGGCACUUGCCUACUUCGUAA